AUGGCAAGCUCGGUAGCAGGCGAAUACCCUCAACCGAUCUCGUCCCCUCCCCCGGUCUAUCUUCGAUCAUCUCCCCCACUUUCGCCGUCUCAGAGUCAAUCGACCCCCAGGUCGAUACCCCAACAGCGCGCCACACAACACAUUGCACGGAAGGCGUUGCCCGGUUCUCGAUCUGAAAAUGAAUCUACUCCAGUUCCGCCGGUCUAUAUUCACGAUGACAUGAAUUUGCCGCAACCGUCCAACAUGGUUCUCGAAAGUGCUCGCGACGGUCGUGCCGGGAAUUCUAUCCCCACCACUGCUUUAGCCAAUAUGUCGCUUGAGGAUCAAUCGCAGAAUCUCCAGAACAGCAAUGGAGCAUUUCCACCACGCCGAGACUCCUACGCCCCUCCACCAGCCCCAGGAUCGAGGAGAGCCGGGCAUACGCCGGCUAGCAGCGGUUCCUGGUCUGUCAUAGACAACCAGCUCAAAGAUGAGAUGAAUUGUCCUAUCCAGCCUUCUUCAGACCCUGCAGUUCCCAAUGGUAGCCAGAACAACUCCUCCCGGGGCAGCUUGGACAGUGAGGCACGCCCCGAGAACUUCGAGCCCUUACACUAUCAUCACCGACCGUAUCGUAACUCCAAUAUCGCACUCAAGUCGCCAUCUGGUGCCGCUUCAGUCGAGAAUCUGUCCGGCUCCAACGGUCAUCUCUCAACGAGACGGCCUGGUAUGCCACGGCCCAACUCAACAUACUCCUUUGUCUCGGAAAUGGGCGGCGAUGGUCGGAACUUGUCGCCCGGUGCUUCUCCCUACCUCCACGCACGCGCUUCACCGAGGAAUUCCUCGUCCCCCGAUGUCCGUCCACUCUCUUUUGUCGAUCUCCUCAACACCGCCUAUCCUCAGCCAGGUCCGACUCCCGGGCAACUGGACAACUCCCAUCUCAAAUCCUGGGUGGGCAACAAUGCCUCCUUGCUCAGUCACAAACAGACCUUUGAUAUGUAUCUCGCAAAUUUGAAGAAAACGGAUGACCCCGCGGUACAAUAUGAGUUCGCUGUGUUUAUGGUCAACGCGAUGCUGGAAAUGCCGCCGGACGAUCAUGAAGCACGCAAGGACGCAGUGUAUGGCCAAAAAGGGGCGGGAAUCUCUCGGGAAGGUCUCCUCAAAGAAGCCAAGUCGAUCUUUCAACGUCUGGCCGACCGUAGCUAUCCGUUCGCGCAGUACUACUUGGCGGAUGGAUAUGCAUCCGGACUCUUCAGCAAGGGCAAGGAAGACUAUGACCGAGCAUUCCCCCUGUUCUUGGCCGCGAGUAAGCAUGGUCACGUCGAGGCCUGCUACCGUACCGCCCUCUGUUAUGAAUUCGGCUGGGGAACGAGGGUAGAAGCGGCUAGAGCGCAACAGUUCUACCGCCAAGCUGCCUCCAAGAAUCAUCCUGGGGCCAUGCUGCGCAUGGCCAAGGCCUGUCUGGCGGGCGACAUGGGUCUAGGCAAACGGUAUCGGGAAGGAAUCAAAUGGUUAAAGCGAGCGGCGGAAUCCUCUGACGCCCAGUACAACUCUGCGCCUUACGAACUCGGCCUCCUCCACGAAACGGGAUUCGGCGACGAUGUCUUUCCUGAUCCGGCCUAUGCAGCUCAGCUGUUUACCAAGUCAGCGGAUCUAGGCCAUGCCGAGGCGAGCUAUCGCCUCGGAGAUGCGUAUGAGCAUGGCAAGUUGGCCUGUCCUCGAGACCCUGCAUUGAGCAUCCACUUCUAUACCAGUGCCGCACAAAGCGGGCAUGUCUUGGCGAUGAUGGCCUUGUGUGCUUGGUACCUGGUAGGCGCGGAGCCUGUUCUGGAGAAGGACGAAGGCGAGGCCUAUGAGUGGGCCAAGCGAGCUGCAGAACUUGGACUGGCGAAAGCGCAGUAUGCUGUCGGAUACUUCACAGAGAUGGGCAUUGGCUGCCGUCGUGAUCCAUUGGAGGCCAACGUCUGGUAUGUGAGAGCGGCGGAUCAGGGCGACGAACGCGCAAAGCAUCGCAUUGCCACGAUCCAAGCUGCCGCCGAGGGCAAGAGCCCUGCGCGGAAUGGAAAAGAAGGGCAAAAAGAGAAUCAGAAGUCUCUAGAUGCCGGAAAGUCUGGCAAAUCUAAACGGUUCACUAUUUUCUAA